CAGUCAGCAGAGGUUUACACGGCCGGUCCUGCUCACUCGCUGGGUUUGUUAUCGUAACAGCGAAGAAACUGCAAGCAUGGCGAGCCAACAGAGAGCCCAGUCACAGACAAGAAGAAGAACACCGUGUAUCGGAUUAUUGAGGAUGAUAUUUAUUGCUUUUAUUCACACGGUGCGGGCCAAUAAACAAGCAUUCAUUCAGUCAGACACAAUUCUAGAAGUUUUACAUUUUGGCGAGGGAAGCCUUUUGCAGGCAGAGUCUGACAUUGAUUUUAGUUUAUAUCACCAACAAAGCACGUCCCCGCACCGUGGGAACUGCCGCCCUAUACGAUUCGAACCUCCAAUGUUGGACUUUCACGAACAGCCCGUUGGAAUGCCAAAAAUGGAGAAAGUUUAUUUACAUAAUCCUAGCUCAGAAGAAAUUAGUUUGAUAUCAAUAUCAGCAACAACAGCACAUUUUCACGCUUCCUUUUUCCAGAAUAGGAUAAUUCCACCAGGAGGAAACACGUCAUUUGAUGUCGUGUUUCUCGCUCGAGUAGUCGGGAAUGUAGAAAACACUUUAUUUAUUAAUACAUCACAUCAUGGAGUGUUUACAUACCAGGUUUUCGGGGUUGGUAUCCCGAACCCCUACAGACUGCGGCCCUUCAUCGGGGCUCGAGUCCCAGUAAACAGCAGCUUCUCCCCACUCAUAAACAUCCACAACCCGUACAGUGAACCACUGCAGGUUGUUGAGAUGUACUCCAGCGGUGGGGAUCUGCACCUCGAGCUUCCCACAGGUCAACAAGGAGGCACUGGAAAAUUAUGGGAGAUUCCUCCUUUUGAGACGAAGGGGGUGAUGAGAGCCAGCUUCUCGUCGAGAGACGUAGACAACCACACGGCUUUCAUCAGAAUAAAAACCAACGCCCCCAACGAGGACCAGUUCAUCAUCCUUCCUGUGGAGGUGGAGGUCACAUCAGCCCCUGGUAUAUACUCCUCAACAGAAAUGCUUGACUUUGGUACGCUGCGGUCACAAGAUCGCCCAAAGCUGCUGAAUCUGCACCUUUUAAAUUCAGGAACAAAAGACGUUCCGAUCACAAGUGUCCGAACGACGCCAUCAAACGAAGCGGUCACAGUAGAGUUCAAAGCAGUCACACUGAAGGCUGGAGAGAGCAGAUAUACCAAAGUUGCAAGUAUUAGUUUUGACGCCUCAAAAGCAAGACGAUCAUAUCAGUUCUCUGGAAAGAUAACUGUGAAGGCGAAAGAAAAAAGUUACUCCAAGCUUGAAAUCCCUUACCAGGCAGAAGUUUUAGAUGGAUACCUGGGUUUUGACCACACAGCGACCUUGUUCCACAUCAGGGACAGCCCCGUCGACCCCGUGGACCGACCCAUCUUCCUCACAAACGCCUUCAGCUUCGCAAUCAGGAUACACAACGUGUCGCUGCCGGAAGAGGCCAAAACAAUGUUUAAUGCGCAGAACUUUAGUGCCCCCAUCCUUAUCCCCCCACACGAGUCUCGAUACAUUUUCUCCCUCCUCUUCCGGCCGGUGCGACCCUCCAUUCACAUAGACAGCAACAUCCUGCUCAUCACAAACGCAUCCAAGUUUCACCUGCCGGUCCGGGCGUACACCGGAUUCCUGGAGCCUCUGGUCCUGCCUCCCAGUCUAAAGGAGAACAUCCUGGACUUUGGUGUCCGCAGUGCAACGGACACCAGCAGCAUCAUAUUCGUGGUGGUGAACAGUAAUCCCAUAGAGCUGGAGAUAAAGUCCUGGCUCGUCACGGGAGACAGUAUUUCCAUGGAGCUGCUGAAGACGGAGAAAGGAAACGCCACGGUGGCUCUGAAUCGCCUCCGAGAGCUGCAGAACAUCUCAGCCUCCAGCCACAAAACGGUGAUAUUAGCGUCCGGUUAUUACGCAGCAUUCAGAGUGACACUUGUGGCCAAAGCCCUGGAGGGCCUGUAUGACGGAGCCAUUCACAUCACCACAGAUUACGAGAUAUUAACCAUCCCAGUGAAAGCUCUCAUCGCAGUGGGGACGUUGAACAGCUCUCCGAAGCACAUCGUUUUACCGCCUUCGUUUCCAGGGAAAGUAGUUCAUCAGAGCUUCAGCAUACAGAGCUCCUUCACUCAGAAGGUGAGGCUGCAGCAGAUCCGCUCGCUGACCGAAGACAUCCGGUUUUAUUAUAAGCGGCUCCGCAACAACAAAGACGAGCUGGAGCCCAGACGUAAAUCCAAGGUGGCUAAUAUUUAUUUUGACGCCAGCUUGCAGUGUGGUGAUCACUGUUAUGUGGGGCUGCCUUUUGUGCUUAAAUCGGAGUCCAAGCCUCACGGUCUGGCGCUACAGGAGGAUAUCUGGGACGCCGACGUAGAUCUCCAUCAGAAACUCCUCAGAAGAUGGAAGGAGCUCAAAGAGCGCUCGGGCCACAAGAUCGAAGCCGUCUUUGAAGUCAACACGGACCUCCAGAAAAACGUGCAAGCAAAAAUCACAGCUCACCUGACCUGGCCGUCGCUGGUGAACUCCUCUCAGAGAAUAAUGUUCCCUCUAACCAACACAAACAGCUCCUCUGAGGAGGAGGUGAUUCUGCAGAAUCCCGCAGACGUCCUCGUCUACGUCCAGGUCCUCCCUUUAGCCUUGUUACCCAACCCCUCGGUGUUCUCUGGAAAGCUGGCGGACAGGCUGCCAUUAGGAAACCUUUCCAACAUCAACAUCGACACAAACACCUUAGAGUUCCAGGUCCACAGAAAUCAGACUUCCCUAAUAAAGAGCAGCUCAGGCUUCGUGGAGGGAUCAACCCGGCCCUUUGUGUACAACCUGCUGCUGCUGCCCGGAGAGAUCAAGUCCUUCAACGUGAGGUUCACUCCCACCAGCAACCACAGCGUCUCCUCCCUCCUCAUCGUCAGGAAUAAUCUGACCGUGAUCGACACCAUCAUACUUCACGGAAGGGGAACGACAGAGAGCCUGAAGGUGGCGGGGAAGCCUCCGGGUCAGGGCAGCUCGCUGAGGUUCAAGAUGACCGAGGCGCUGCUGAAGGACUGCACAGAGAAAACAAAAGUGAGGGAGCCGAACUUCACCCUGAAGAGGACGUUCAGGGUGGAGAACACGGGUCUGCUCCCCAUCACCAUCCGGUCCGCAGAGAUCAACGGACAGGUCUGUGAGGGAUUCGGAUUCAAAGUUCUCAACUGCGCCGAGUUUGCACUGAAGCCCAACGCUUCAAAAGACCUCAUCAUACUGUUUACACCCGACUUCACCUCCUCCCGAGUGAUCCGGGAGCUGAAACUGGUGACAUGUGGAGGCUCUGAGUUCGUGUUUGUCCUGAACGCCUCCCUGCCGUACCACAUGUUGGCCACAUGUGCCGAGACGCUGCCCAGACCGGGCUGGGAGCUGGAGCUCUACAUCAUCGUGUCUCUCAUCAUGAGCUCCAUGUUUCUGUUGGUGAUCGCCACGGCCUACCUGGAGGCUCAGAGCAUCUGGGAGCCGUUCAAGAGACGAGUGUCAGUCGAGUCCAACUCCACCAUGGAGACCGGGAGGCCGUUUAAUCUCAGGGAAAUCGUUCAGAUUCACAGUGAUUCAAAGUUGAAUGAUUACGGCGACCCCCCGCAGAGCUCCAGAGGCGUUUGCUCCUACAAUAACGGAGUGGCGCGGGUCGGAGGCCGUCAGGGAACCGGCCGCACGUUCUUGGACUCGGAUAGCCAGGAAACCAAACGCUCCCGGCUCGGCUUCUCCCGCCCAUCUAUGCAAGCUUCCUCCUCGCAGCUGAGCAGAGGAAGCACAGCCUCGGGUCAGGACCCCCCCGCCUACCAGCUGACCAACCGGAAGGCCCGCAGCUCCAAACAGCUGGAGCUACAGGGGUUCCCCGGGUCGGCACCCGCUAGGGCACUCUCCGAUGACUCGGAGUACAGUAGCCUGAUCGGAGCCAUGGACAACGACCUGGACCGCCCAGAGCCGCUGGGGGCUGAAACCCUGCAGGAGCAGAGCGUGCAGGCCGUACAAAACAAAGUUUUGGACUCCAAAGGGAAGCUGCGGGGGAAAACAAAAGCCCAGAAGAAGAAGGAGGAGAAAGAGAAGAAGACCUUGGUGAAGCCUCAGGGAGACGAGCUGAAAGAUAACCUGGCCGAUAACGACGACAGCUCCUCCACGACCACAGAGACCUCCAACCCCGACACGGAGGCAAACAACAAGGAGGAACCAGUGAAAAAGAAAGGCCGGACAGUAACGACAGGGAAAGUGAAAGAAGAGGUGUCAAAUUUCCUCCUUAAACCCAAACCCAAGAAACCAGCCACCAUAAAGAAAGAGAGCCCAGUGGAAAAAUCCAGUUCUCUGGAGCUGCCUUAUGUGACCCCGCUGGAGAACAAACAGAGAAAGAGCUUCACCUCCAAAACCCUGCACCCGCUCUCCAACAUCCCCAAGAACCGGCCGCUGCAGAAACAGAGAUUCGACGGGAAGCUGGAGGAAAGUCGCCCCUCUCUGUUGGCCAAAAUGUUAUCCAGCGUCCCUGUGGGGGAGCUGGGACACAGCAGCAGCUCCGAGGGGGAGAAGGAGUUCGCUGCUCCAGAGUGGGACGUACCACUGUCCAAAAACUGCGUCCAAGCCGACAGCCUUCAGCAGAUCUCCCUCCAGACGAUAAACGCAGAUCCUUUCCUGAAGCGAUCGGCCACAGCAGGGACCUUCUCCCCCCCGCCCACCUCCCCCAUCCUGCUGUCACGAGGCUCCUACAGCAGCGUGCUCAACAGCAACAGCGAGCUGAACCAGAAGAAAGCCCCAGGAAAUAAGCUGUCUCCAGCCACUCCUCUCCCGGGUAAAAAUGGGAACCCCACGUUCGCUGCCGUCGCUGCAGGCUACGAUAAAAGCCCCGGCGGUUCUGGUCCAGGGAAAACUGACAAGAAUCUGGCUCACAUGACCUCUGUGGAGAGUGACAGCUCUGACAGCUCUGGAUUAUGGAGUCCCAUGGAAACAGCCAACAGUCCGAAUUUCCACUCUGCCAAUUCUUUCUCUGCGUUUGGACCGAACAACUCCUUCAACCUGACAGGAGUUUUCAGUGGGAUGAAUAUCCCGAAGACGUCGGAGCCUCAGCAGACUUGGCCUGAAUUCAGCUCGGCUUCGUCCAUCUGGGACGUCCCGACCAGCGACCCCCUGCACUCCUGGCCCAGCAGCUCCAGCUCCCCCACCGCCCCCACUGCAUCACUCCUAGGAAACGCCCGUAGCCUCUGGUCUGCCACUACGCCCUUCAGCAGCUCCAUCUGGUCCACCAGCGCAGACUCUGCGUUGCACCCGUUCCCUCCGACCUCCAACUCCACGACGCUGACCGACCUGGUUUCCCCGCCCACCCCGUCGCCUCCCGCCGAGAUGAGCCGCACCUACAACCCGUGGAGCAUGUGGCGCCCGACGCUCAGCCGCCGCAGCUCAGAGCCCUGGCCCAGCUCCUCGGACAACGGCAACUGAACCGCACUUAAGAGGAAUUAUUUUAUCAUCGGAGAAUCCCGACAGGAAGUUACCUGAGGUGCAAAACGGGUUGCGUGGCCCCGCGCUGCAAGCCGACCAACCCCCGCAAUUUAGUUCUCCGCAGCUUUUUAUUCACGGGGGCAGAAAUGCUAAUUUUAUUUGGAUUUGUUUUAACAGAUUGCCCCUGAAUUUAAAAUAAAUGCAUGGUAUGCUCAUGCCAGUGCAGACAUGUUGCUGUUAUAGAAAGGCUGGUGAUGCUGCAUUCUUUGUCUCAGUAUUAACAUUUCAUUUUACUGUCAUUUUGGUUCUUCUUGGUUUCUAAAAAGAGACAUUUAAAAGUCAUUGCACCACGUUUUUAUUUGGAAGCGGGGAUGAUUUUUCAUUAUCUGAAUCUUCAGAAGUCCAACGGCCCCAAAAGUAAAUUCUUAUUUCACAUUUUAAAAGCGGGCUCCGUCCCGACGAUGAAGCCUUCUGGGAGGACGAAUCGGUCAACGAACACUUACGUUUGAGGUUUGUGUUGUACAUCACCUCUAUUUGUCAGCUAAUUUAAUUAAAGGAUUUCAGCAGAA